UGCGCCGCCUCCGUGGUCAACCCGGCGCCGCUCAUCCCCUCCGGCUGCGGGGUGAGCGGGGACAGCCAGCCCUUCAAGCUCGCAGACUCGGGUGACCCGGAAAAAGAAAGUCCUGGCUGUAAAAGAAGACGAACCCGCACCAAUUUUACUGGCUGGCAGCUCGAGGAGCUGGAAAAGGCGUUUAAUGAGAGUCAUUACCCGGACGUGUUUAUGCGAGAGGCUCUGGCUCUCAGGCUGGACUUGGUGGAGUCCAGAGUGCAGGUCUGGUUCCAAAACCGCCGGGCCAAAUGGAGAAAGAAAGAGAACACGAAGAAGGGCCCGGGGCGGCCGGCUCACAACUCCCACCCCACGACGUGCAGCGGGGAGCCCAUGGACCCCGAGGAGAUCGCCCGCAAGGAGCUGGAGAAGAUGGAGAAGAAGAAGCGCAAGCACGAGAAGAAGCUCCUCAAAAGCCAAAGCCGGCAUCCGCACUCGCCCAGCGGUCUCUCCCUGCACAGCACGCCCAGCUCCGACAGCGACAGCGGCGGCGGGGGGGGCCUUUCGCCCGCCCCGCCCGAGGCCAAGCCCCGCGGGCAGCCCCCACCGCCCCACCCGCCGCCGCCCGCCGCCGCCGCCCCCUCCGAGCCGCCCCCCGGCGCCUGCGACCAGACGGCAGAGCCAUUCUACCCCAGCCAAAGAAGCGGGAGCGGGCGGCUCCAGCGCCCGCCCGACAAGGACUGCGCGGCUGCCCCGUCGGGGGACGGCAGCGGGGGCGCGGGGGGGGCCCGCGGCGCCGGCAGCUUCCACAAGCUCAACCCCUUCAGCGUGGAGAGCCUCCUCUCCGACUCGCCCCCCCGCCGCAAAGCCGCCCCGGACUUCCCCAGCCUCCCCCCCUGCGCCCCCCGCACCCUCAUCGGCAAAGGACACUUCUUGCUCUACCCCAUCACCCAGCCCCUGGGCUUCCUCGUCCCGCAGACCGCCCUCAAGGCCAGCCCGGGCCCCGAGGCCGGCCAGCCCCCCCGGGACUCCCCGUUGCCCGCCGCCAACCCCGGCCCGCCCGGCUGCGGCGCGGAGCCGGCGCUCGCCGGUGCCCAGCCCGGCCCCGGCCCCACGGACUCGGCGGCGGCUGCAGCGGGGUCGGUGCCCCCCGCGCCGGCCGGCGCUUCUCCCCGUUCCGCCGCCGCGCACGGUGACCCGGCGGCGGCCGCCCCCGCGGAGGGCGGCAGCUUCCCCCGGCCGGAGUCGCCAGUCCGGGCGCGGGACGCCAGCACAGCCAGGGACAGAUCGGACUGCGGCCCCGCCGACGGCGAGGAGGUGGACAUGGAUUGA